AUGGGUUUACCUGAAGAGCCGCAGGACAACUCGUCCGGGUCUUCCGAUGUGCCCGUUUACAACGGUUUUGACGUCAAGGCACAGGAAAAGGUGCGGCAGCUGGCUAGAACGUUGACCGAACAGAGUGCGAGUGGGUCUAUUGGUGCUGGUGGUCAUACUGCAGAUGAUGGAGCCGUCGUUGAGCGGGGAGACGCACAAUCUUUGUUCUCAGUGCGCUCCCGGGCGGGUGUGAACCCUGUGUUUGACGGCGAGAGCGAUGCACAAUACGAUGCUAGAUUGGAUCCUAAGUCUGAUGAGUUUGUAAGUGCCCAGUGGAUCAAGAAUAUGUCGCGGUUGUCGCAUGAGGACCCCGAUUAUUUCAAGCCUUAUUCGUUGGAUUGUUGUUGGCGUGACCUCUCGGCAUCGGGAGCGUCCGCUGACGUGGCGUAUCAAAGCACCUUCGUGAAUGCUCCAAAGAAAUACCUGGGGCAGGCAUACAGAGCCAUUACUCCUGCUAAGGAGGUUAAUAGGUUUGAGAUCUUGAAGCCCAUGGAUGGGCUGCUCAAUCCGGGCGAAUUGUUGGUCGUGCUUGGUAGACCGGGUUCCGGUUGCACAACGCUGUUGAAAUCGAUUUCUUCCAAUACUCACGGGUUCAAGAUCUCGAAGGAGUCCCACGUCUCCUACAAGGGAAUCUCGCCACGGGAUAUCAACAAGCAUUUCAGAGGCGAAGUAGUUUACAAUGCAGAGGCAGAUAUCCAUUUGCCUCAUUUGACCGUGUACCAGACGUUACUCACGGUGGCUCGUUUAAAGACGCCAGCGAACCGUGUGAAAGGCGUGUCCCGUGAAGCUUGGGCCCACCACAUGACCGAGGUUGCCAUGGCUACCUACGGUCUAUCUCAUACCAGAAACACUAAAGUUGGUAACGAUAUCGUUAGAGGUGUCUCAGGUGGUGAGAGAAAGCGUGUCUCGAUCGCUGAAGUGGCCAUCUGUGGUUCCAAGUUCCAAUGUUGGGAUAACGCUACUAGAGGUUUGGACUCGGCAACGGCUUUGGAGUUUGUUCGUGCUUUGAAAACACAAGCGGAUAUCGCUAAUACUGCCGCUGCUGUGGCCAUCUACCAGUGCUCUCAGGAUGCUUAUGAUCUUUUCGAUAAAGUCUGUGUGCUGGAUGGUGGCUAUCAAAUAUAUUUCGGUCCUGCAAAGGACGCAAAACGUUAUUUCCAAGAAAUGGGUUACGUUUGCCCAGAUAGACAAACUACGGCGGAUUUCUUGACUGCAGUGACAAGUCCUGCCGAGAGAAUCGUUAAUGAGGAAUUUAUCAAGAAAGGAAUCAGAGUUCCACAAACGCCUAAGGAAAUGUCUGAUUAUUGGAGAAAUUCUUCAGAGUACCGCAAACUGAUUGCGCAGAUUGAUGCCAAGAUGGCUGAGAAUGACGAGGAAGAACGUGUUCGUAUUAAGGAAUCCCACAUUGCAAGUCAGUCGAAGAGAGCUCGUGCGUCGUCUCCUUACAUGGUAAGUUAUAUGAUGCAGGUUAAAUACCUGCUGAUCAGAAACGUGUGGAGAAUACGAAACAGUUCAGCGAUUGCAUUAUUUCAAGUGAUCGGUAAUUCGGUAAUGGCACUGAUUCUUGGUUCCAUGUUUUACCAGGUUAUGAAAGGUGACUCAACAGCAACUUUCUAUUUCCGUGGUUCUGCCAUGUUCUUUGGUCUCCUGUUUAAUGCUUUCUCGUCUCUAUUGGAAAUUUUCUCUCUUUACGAGGCUAGACCUAUCACUGAAAAGCAUAGAACUUAUUCAUUAUAUCAUCCAAGUGCAGACGCAUUUGCUUCAGUGCUUUCUGAAAUCCCAACCAAAUUGAUGACCGCCGUCUGUUUCAACAUCAUCUUUUAUUUCAUGGUUAACUUUAGAAGGAAUGCUGGCAGAUUUUUCUUUUAUUUCUUAAUUAACAUCGUGGCCACUUUUACAAUGUCCCAUUUGUUCAGAUGCGUUGGCUCCUUGACCAAGACUUUAUCCGCCGCCAUGGUUCCCGCCGCUAUGUUAUUGCUGGCUUUAGCAAUCUUUACUGGUUUCGCAGUUCCAGAAACAAAGAUGUUGGGUUGGUCUAAAUGGAUUUGGUAUAUUAAUCCGCUGUCUUAUCUUUUUGAAUCUCUAAUGGUGAAUGAGUUCCAUGGCAGAGAGUUUCCCUGCGCGCAAUUCGUUCCCUCUGGACCAGCCUACCAAAAUAUUACUGGCACAGAAAGGGUCUGUUCGGCCGUUGGAUCCAUCCCAGGAGCGUCUAGUGUUCUCGGUGAUGAUUUCCUAAAGACUAGUUAUAACUAUUACAACAAACACAAAUGGCGUGGAUUCGGUGUAGGUAUGGCCUAUGCUAUUUUCUUCUUUGCGGUCUAUCUCUUCCUCGCUGAAGUUAAUCAGGGAGCCAAGCAAAAUGGUGAAAUUCUGGUCUUUCCACUCUCUGUUGUUCGCAGAUUGAAGAAGCAGAAGAAAUUGAGUCAACCCAACUCUGGAGGUGAUAUCGAAAAGGGAAGUGGGAUCGCUUCUACUGUCACUGAUCGUAAGUUAUUACAGGACUCUUCAGAGUCUCUUACUUCUUCAGAGGAUGACGUUGGUUUGAGCAAAUCGGAUGCGAUCUUCCACUGGAGAGAUCUUUGUUACGAAGUUCAAAUCAAGAAAGAAACUAGAAGAAUUCUGAAUAACGUGGAUGGUUGGGUCAAACCAGGUACUCUUACUGCUUUGAUGGGUGCAUCUGGUGCAGGUAAGACUACUCUGUUAGACUGUUUGGCCGAGAGGACUACUAUGGGUGUGAUCACCGGUAAUAUUUUUGUUAAUGGCAAUCUACGUGAUGAGUCUUUUCCAAGAUCCAUCGGUUACUGUCAACAACAAGAUUUACAUCUAACGACUGCCACCGUCAGAGAAUCUUUGAAAUUUUCCGCCUACCUACGUCAACCUGCGAGCGUUCCUACCGAGGAGAAGGACAGGUACGUAGAAGAGGUUAUCAAGGUCUUGGAGAUGGAAACUUACGCUGACGCCGUUGUCGGCGUUGCCGGUGAGGGUCUGAACGUUGAGCAGAGAAAGAGAUUAACUAUUGGGGUAGAGUUGGUCGCUAAACCUGCUCUUUUGGUGUUCUUAGAUGAGCCCACUUCUGGUUUGGACUCUCAAACUGCUUGGUCUAUCUGUCAAUUGAUGAAGAAGCUGGCUAAUCACGGCCAAGCCAUUUUGUGUACAAUUCAUCAACCUUCAGCUAUGUUGAUGCAAGAAUUUGAUCGCUUGCUCUUUUUGAAACGUGGCGGUGAGACAGUCUAUUUUGGCGAAUUGGGUGAUGGAUGUCACACCAUGAUCGACUACUUCGAGCGCAAUGGAGCUCACAAGUGCCCACCCGAUGCAAAUCCCGCGGAGUGGAUGCUGGAAGUCGUCGGUGCAGCUCCCGGCAGUCACGCCAAUCAAGAUUACCAUCAAGUUUGGAGAAGCUCUGAUGAGUACAAAGCCGUCAGACAAGAACUGGAUCAAAUGGAAAGAGAACUUCCAAACAAGACGACUUCUUUGAUGGAUGAUUCCGAAAAGCAUAAAUCGUAUGCAACACCUCUAUUUUACCAGAUAAAAUUAGUUUGCCUCCGUUUAUUCCAACAGUAUUACAGAUCUCCUGGGUACUUAUGGGCUAAGUUUGCAUUGACGAUCUUCGACAAUCUUUUCAUUGGUUUCACUUUUUUCAAAGCGGACAGAUCUCUUCAGGGUUUGCAGAAUCAAAUGUUGUCCAUCUUCAUGUUCACCGUUCUCUUCAACAAUCUUCUGCAACAAUAUCUGCCUUUAUUCGUUCAACAAAGGAAUUUGUACGAGGCCAGGGAGCGCUCGUCUAGGGUUUUCUCAUGGAAAGCAUUCAUUGUGUCUCAAAUAGUGGUAGAAGUUCCUUGGAAUAUCCUCGCCGGUACUUUAGCAUAUCUAAUCUACUACUAUGCUGUCGGGUUCUAUUCCAACGCCUCUGCCGCUGGCCAAUUGCAUGAAAGAGGUGCCCUAUUUUGGCUGUUUUCGAUUGGUUUCUACGUUUACAUUGGAUCCAUGGGUGUACUGUGUAUCUCUUUCAUGGAGCUCGCAGAAACUGCAGCAAACUUGGCAUCACUGUUGUUCACGAUGUGCUUAUCCUUCUGUGGUGUCAUGGUGACGAAAGAUGUUAUUCCUCGUUUCUGGAUUUUCAUGUACAGAUGCAAUCCAUUGACUUACUUGAUUGAAGCCUUUUUGGCUCUGGGUAUCGCCAAUGUGAAUGUCACAUGCUCUGAUUACGAACUAAUCAAAUUUACACCUGUUCCUGGACAGACUUGCGGUGAAUAUAUGGCACCGUACAUCCAAAAGGCAGGUACUGGCUAUUUGCAAGACCCUAAUGCGACCGACGUAUGCCAAUUUUGUCAAUUCUCUUACACUAAUGAUUUCUUAGCGACUCUCGGGUGCAAGUACAGUCACAGAUGGAGGAACUAUGGUAUUUUCAUAUCGUUCAUUGUGUUCAACUACGUUGCCGCCGUCUUCUUUUAUUGGUUAGCAAGAGAGCCAAAAUCGAAAGGCAAGAUCUGCAAGAAGAAGGAAGAAAAAUCGAAAAAAUGA